GUGUCAUUGGCAGAGGGAGGGGGCAGAGUUGGGUGUGUAAUGGGAUGGAACUGAUCUGGUACAGAAGGCAACAAAAAAAAAAAAUCAGUAUCCCUGUGACAAGUGGGUUUGAAAAAAUCAGCUGGAUUUUAAAAGAAAUCAUUUGCAACAGGAAUUUCUCUCUUGAAUAUUUGCAUUGAAAGAAGAAUCUCCUUCUUGCAGCGAAUAAGGAAUAAAGAAUGUACAGAAGCGAGGAAGGGAUAUAAGUUGUCCUGUACCUGAGCUGCAUUUAAGCAAGAUGGAAAACUGGUAGACAAAUGCAUUAUGUAAGUACUGCAAAUGACUGAAAAGAACUGGUAUUCACAAUUAUAAUCAUUUUGUAUUGGGUAAAAAAAAAUGCCAACUUGCAAACCAGAAGAAAUGUACUGUAUUGAUGGAUCACGACGAGAUGCAGUCUUGGAGAACUUCUAUACAAUUGGCCAGGAGCUUGGAAGGGGUGCUACCUCCACAGUAUUUAAAUGUGAAGAAAAGGGAACCAAAAAACUGUAUGCUGCAAAAAAAAUUAAAAAAACUAUUGAUCUUAAAAUUGUAAGAACAGAAAUUGGAGUUUUGCUACGUCUCUCACAUCCAAAUAUUAUUAAGUUAAAAGAUAUCUUUGAGACUUCUGCAGAAAUCACUUUAAUUCUUGAACUAGUGACAGGUGGAGAACUUUUUGACAGGAUAGUAGAACGUGGCUAUUACAGUGAACAGGAUGCUGCAUGUGUUGUACAGCAGAUUCUGGAAGCAGUUGCCUAUCUACAUGGAAAUGGAGUUGUUCAUCGGGAUCUGAAACCAGAGAAUCUUCUCUAUGCAGACAUGACUCCAGACUCCAUUUUAAAAAUUGCGGACUUUGGACUGUCCAAAAUGAUUGAUGACCAGGUGGCCAUGAAGACAGUAUGUGGUACUCCAGGAUACUGUGCACCAGAAAUUCUUUUUGGCUCUCCUUAUGGGCCAGAAGUGGAUAUGUGGUCUGUUGGCAUCAUUACAUACAUUUUAUUAUGUGGGUUUGAACCGUUCUUUGACCCACGGGGAGAUCAAUACAUGUACAGCAAAAUCCUAAAUUGUGACUUUGAGUUUGUGUCUCCCUGGUGGGAUGAAAUCUCUCUAAAUGCCAAGGAUUUGGUUAAAAAAUUGAUUGUGUUGGAUCCAAAGAAAAGAAUGACAGUCUCUCAAGCUUUGCAACACCCUUGGGUAACUGGAAAGGCAGCUAAGCUUUCCCAUAUGGACCGCACCCAAAAGAAACUACUGGAGUUCAAUGCUAGGCGCAAACUAAAGGCAGCUGUGAAAGCAGUAGUUGCUUCAAGCCGUUUAGGAAAUCAUGGCCACCAUGAGAACUCAAGAAAUUUACAAACCCCUGAAAAUACAAGGUGGUCAGAGAGCUCACAAGAAGGGGCUUCAGAAUCCUGUUUGCCAAAAGUCCCUGGAAGUGUGAUGGCCAAAGCAUCCUCCACCACUGAGCAAAACGUGUCGUCAGAGAGUGCACCUGUGAUAGUUGCAAGAAAAAAACUAAAAUAGUAGAAGGAAGAAAUUCUGCAGCCAGUAUGAUUUUGUGCACUCUUCUGUCCAGAUAUUAAUCAUACUUUCUUGGCCUAAUUACACCAAUCAUGCUAGUUCCAUGAAGGUUUUGACACCUUUGGACAGUACAAUUCACUUGACGACAUAAAGUUGCAGGACUUGGAACAUUACUUCCAUACAUUCAUUGUACUGUAUAUAUUGUCUGAUUUUGGCAAUGAAACAUUUGUUUUUUCAGAAUAUGUCACAAUAUGUCACUGUUUUUUACACUGUUUAUUAGUACACAUUAUUCUUGUGUUUUUUUGUGUAUUAGAAUAUUAUUCUGUAUACUAAGUUAUUAUUCUGCCCCACAUUUUAACUUUAUUACAUGCAUAUUAAAUAUGAUGAUACAUGGUA